AUGGACCCGCUCGAGCUCGGCAAGGUCUUUGUGAAGACGGUGGUGCGCAUGUUCUACGAGACAGAGCACAUCGUUGUCGUAGACGCGCUGGUCUACCAUGGCGCGCUUCACAUGCAGGACCUGGUGCUUGUGCUAGACAUGGGCAAGAGCACGAAGCAGGUCGGGAAGUACGUCGGAAAGCUGAAGGAGGCUGGACUUAUCUCAAUCGCCCAGCGACAAGAGACGCGCGAAGGUGCCCUUAAGGCUGUCACCCGCGAAUACUACUACAUAGACUACCGUCGAGCCAUCGAUUCUGUCAAGUACAAGAUCCACAAGGUCGACUCGCGCAUAAAGAAGGAUGCGAAACCCACAGCCGAGAAAAUGGAAUUUGCCUGCAAAAACCUUGGAUGCGAGUCUCAGUACACCCAGAUCGAGGUUCUGGAUAGCAUAGACCCGCUGGGCCGCGAGAGUGGUUUUGUCUGCAAGAAAUGCCACAGGCCACUCGUUUACCUUGGCGAUGAUGAAGGACCAGAGCUCGACAGCGAUGACACCCCAGCCAAGUUUAACAAGCAGUUCAAGCCUAUCCUUGACCUCAUGCAGCAGAUCGAUACCGUGACCAUUCCACACAUCGAAGGAAAGGAUGCCAUCGAAGGGGCCGUUGAGCUUCCACGUGACAAGGAAAUUAACCCCGGUGCGAAGCACGAGGUCGUCCAAGAGACGGUGGUCCGACCAACAGCGGUCAAGGGUACGAACACUGUCGCGGAGAAGAUUCAAGUGCAGAUUGCCUCAAAUUCAGAGUAUAACGAAGCCGCACGCGCCGCUGAGAAGGCGCGCCAGGAGAAGAUCGCCGCGCAGAACCAGCUUCCUUCAUGGCAUGUCAAAUCUACAGUCGACAAGAGCCAAGAUAACAGCAGCGCGAACGCAACUGCAGCAGUGAACGGGACCGAUACGCCCGCGAUCAAGGCAGAGAUGGUGGACAUCAAGCCCGACCCAGCCGGUAACCUGGACGAUGUUUUCGCUCAGCUUGCCGCCGAACGCGCGAAGCAGGAAGAAGAGGAGGAAGAUGACGAGGAGGAUGAGGACGAUGAUGAAUUCGAAGAUGCCAUGGUGGAGACAGCUCCGGAGGCCAAGCGUGUUAAGCUGGAAUCUUCGGCUGCCCCUACCCCCACAAACGCCGCCACACCAGCCGUCUCUACGGGUGACGGCGGAGACGAGAGCGACGAGGACGAGUUCGAGGAUGUCAAUUGA